AUGGCAUCUUUAUCAUCACCAACACAUUUAGAUGAAUCCCACCUCGUAGGUUCAACUAAAAUUCCACUCCAAGACACUACUUACCCAAAACACUUUUUGUCCACAGUAACUGCAAACCCAGACCGAGAGUGCCUUGUUUUCCGCUCAGCAAUGACAAAAGCAAACAUCCGUCACACGUAUUCGCAGUUAUUAGAAAAGGUCAACCGGAUCAUUCAAGGCUUUUCUGAGACUAUUAAAAUCCCCCACCAAUCUGUUGUUGCUAUUUAUUUACCAAACGUAUUAGAGUACAUCUACGCUGAAUUGGCUUCUGUUUGUGGUGGAUACAUUUUUAUGCCACUCAAUCCUUUGUACACAAAGCCACAAUUAGAACGAUUACUCCCACGUGUCAAACCUUCCAUUGUAGUCACGAUGAUGAGGAUGUUACCAAACCUCCCCAAAGCUGAGGGUUGUUCGUUUGUUUUGAUAGACCAACAAGUUGACGUCGUCCCAGAGAACUGUUUUUUGCUUCACGACUUUCUUAAUAUCCAAUCAAAGAAAAACUACGUGGAGAGCGUCGCUCAAACAUUGAAAUCGUCUGAGUUCUCGUUUUAUGGCUGCACAUCGGGUUCGACUGGGGAACCAAAGAUUUGUGUGUACUCACACUUUGCGAUGGUUAACCCAUUCUUGACUAUGGACAUGUCUUAUAACGUCCCUGUUAAUAUCAGAGUCGCGUUGUGUUUCACUCCUUUAUUCACAACAGCUGCACACUUCCAGAUUGACGCUAUAUUUGCUGUUGGUGCUAAAGUGAUUGUUGUCGACAAAUUUGAACCAGUCAGCAUCAUGCAAUUUAUUGUGGAGGAACACGUCACAAACUUCAAUUGUGCACCGUCGGGGGUAUUGGCUGUCCUCCAUCACCCCAAUUUCUCUAAAGAAAAAUUUGAAACUAUCAAACACGUUGUGAUGGGCGGUGCUGUUGUACCAGAUGCGUUACUCAAAGAAGCCAAAGAGAAGAUGGAUUUGAUCACUUGUAAAUCGGGAUACGGAAUGACCGAGUUGUGUGGAGUGAUGUACACAAUGUCCCUAACAGAAGGACAAGUCCAAGGUCAUUAUGAAUUAAGAAUAGUGGAUCACACAACACGGAAAACAACCCCCGUUGGUGUUCCUGGGGAGAUUGAAGUUCGGACCAAAAUCAUGAUGAGUGGGUACUUGAACAAUCCAACGGCAAACAAAGAAAGCUACACAGAAGAUGGGUGGUUUAAGACUGGUGACGAAGGGUGUUUAGACAAGCAUGGAAGAAUGUUAAUCACGGGAAGAGUGAAGGAAAUGAUUAUUAGAGGAGGGCACAAUGUCUUUCCUGCUGAAAUCAUCGACACUUUACAGAAACACCCCGACGUUAUUAUGGCUGGAUGUGUCUCUGUACCCGACAGAGCACAAGGUGAAAUGAUCAUCGCAUUUGUCACGUUGAAAAAUGAAAUCAUGGAAAGUGAGCUCAAAGAGUGGUGCAAGAACAGGCUUGUAUCCUUUGCGGUGCCCACGCAUAUCUUUGUUCUCGAGAAAAUGCCACUAACCAGUUUUGGCAAAGUCUAUGCGCCAGAAUUACGUAAAUUGGCGAUUGAAAACGUCAAAAAGUUUUGGGAAAAUGUGGCGACUAAAAAUAUCAACAAACCAGACACAGAGGCUGGGAAGAAGAUUGCUAAUUUGUGGUCGCAAUGGUUCGACAUUCCAGAAGGAGCGAUUUCAAAGGACACAAAUUUCUUUGAUGUUGGUGGAGACUCACUGGUCGGAACACAGACUGUUGGCCUUAUCAAGCAAUUUGUGAGUGAUGCGCCAUUCGAUUUGUUAACAAAAUGCCCAACCCUUGGAAUGCUUGAGGAGUACGUGAAAAACCCGAAACUUGAGUUGAUCCAUCCGCAAUUUAAAAUAGAUCUUGAGCAAAUCGAUGAAAGUGUCAAUAAAUUUUCAGAAAAUAAGGGUUCAGUCCAUUGCGAUAAAAAAAUUGCAUUUUUGACUGGCGCAAAUGGAUUUUUGGGGAUUCACUUAUUACAAGAGUUGCAGCGAGCUGGGUACGUUGUGAUUUGUUUAGUUCGUUCACAGUCAAUUGGUGAUGGUAUUCGGCGAAUUACACAAGCUGCAAAUAGUACCGGCGUUACAAUACAAAUGGAGAACAUUGAAGUUGUUCUUGGUGACGUUUCAAAACCGAACUGUGGUAUUGUCGAGUCCGAAUACAACUCGAUAACACAACGUAUCAGUGUUGUAAUACACAAUGCGGCUUAUGUUAAUUGGAACAGAAGUUAUAAUGAUAUGCGUGAAUCCAAUUACAUUGGAACACAAAAUGUCUUCAAGUUGUGUUCUCUUGCGAGUGGUGUUUUCUUAUAUGUCUCUUCCAUUGGUGUCGCGGCUGCUGUUUCGGGAAUUGAAAACACCCCAGACAUUACUAAACUUCCAUAUAAAGCGAAUGGAUAUAUCCAAACGAAGUGGAUGAGUGAAGUCUAUCUCAAUAGACUAAGAGAAAAAGGAUAUAAAAUUGGGAUUCUCAGACCUGCUUUUAUCACAGGAAACUCGAAGAGUGGGUGUUGUAACACUGAUGACUUCAUAUGGAAAUACAUCAGGGUCUUAGUGAAAAAUGGGAUCACCGUCGACAGUCAAACCCUAAUGAUGACGCCAGUCAAUUUGGUUGCUGAGGCUUUUGUUAAAGCAAUUCCUAACCCACCAAUUGCAGCAAAUCUUGUCCCAAAAGUUCCAACUCAAGUUCACGACAUCUGCACUCUGUUUGCUGACAUCCUCAAAGUGAAAAUCGAAAACCUCAAAAUAGAAGACGUCAAAGCAAAACUUGCUGAAAUUGCAAAGUGCGGAAAUAAAGAAGUCCUAUCAUUGAUUCCAUCGUUACAAGUCACUGGACUUGUUAACUCACAGGCUGGAUGGCUCGACACUAUCGAAUUUGACUUGUCAGAGAAUGCUGAAUCUUUGAAACACUCCGUUAACUACUUGUUAAAGUCUGGUUUCUUUGGAGAAGAGUAUGCAGAUGGAAAGACUCAGUGUGUGGGAAGAGCCGCUGUCUAA